AUGUUGCCACACAAUACUAGGUCAAAGGUUGCCGCAGCAAAGGCAAAGGUCACUGUGGCUAGCACAAAAGCCUCUGUCAAGUCGACUCGAAGUACAGCCAAGUCAGCAGCCAGCACACCUAGGCCAUCAGGCCACAUACAAGAUGAUGCAAAGGCAACCCCCAACGUGAAGGAGUUGCUGAAGAAACAGUACCCACAUCUUUCGGACAAGAGGCUUGAUGAGAUGCUUUGCAAGCUUGAUGAUGAUGCAGAGGAGGAUGGGAAAUCUGACUCGGAGGAGGGCCAGCAACAACAGAUACAGGACACAAGUGUAGUGUUGGUGGCUGAGGGUACGGAGAAUGGGGAGGAUUGGGGUGCUGAUGAUGAAACACUGGCUCCAUCUGCAAACAAGGGAAAGAAUCGUGAAACUGUUCAGUUGCGCCGUAUGGCUAAGCCACACAAGAGGAAGGUGAUUGAGACCUCUGAGUCCGAGAAGGAGGGUAGCGGCAAUAAUCAUGAUGAGGCGAGCAUGGAACAGCCUGAGAAGAAGAAGGCUAAGGGUGAGUCUGCACGCAAGUCAGCAGGUCAGAGCUAUUCACCUGACCUCACAGAGCUUUUGCAUUCAUCUGAGCCGUCACCCCUGGAGUCACUAAUCACAACAAGGGGCACUGGUCGUGUCAAGAUGGAGCCGAUGUCCCCCAUCCAUGUCCCGGACGACUCUGACGACGAUGGCAGCGAGUACAAGGUGUCGAGUCACGACCGAGAGGAGGACGUUGACGAGCUUGAUGGCGACGUGGACAUGGAUGACGAGAUCGUUGUCAAGGUCAAGGACAAGCCUCAGCAGAAGAAGAAAGAGAAAGCCCAGAGCAAGGGCAAGCGCAAGGUCGGCCGGCCUAAGAAGGUCAUCGACGUCGACAACAAUGUGCUCGAGACGAUGACGCAGGAGCCGUUGAAGAGCUUCCUGCACCACGCCCAGCAGGAGUUCCGCGUGUACCUCAGCUUGGAGAACGCGUGGCCUCGAGUCAUGAAGGACGGUCGUAUGGAGAAGACUGAGAAGCCCGUGGAGAUCAUGAAGAUGCUCAUGGAGAAGCACGAGAGGUACAAGACCGAAAGGUUCUUGACCGCGUACAACAGGGCGUGGGCAGAUGCAGUGACACACGGGAGGAUGAUCCACUAUGUCGCGAAGGUGUCAUCUCAACUUCGUCAGGAAGUCAAGCAGAAGGCAAAGCGCGUCGUCGAGAAGAACUUCCUCGCGUUCAAGGUGCCGCAACACGGCUCUGACGGCAAGAAGCUCAGCAGUGCUGCGUACAACGAGAAGACGGCGAGUCACCUCGAGGCUCUCGUGAAGUUCUUGAAGCAGGACUUCGCGUUCCAUCACGGCAACUUGGAGAUGCCAGAUCCGAUGGUGGAUCCCUCGCUGUGGGUGGCCAACCUGGACGCUCCCUUCCACAACGAGGCUGUGGCUGAAGUCGCAGCUCGUCAGUGGUGGUCUGGAGCUCAUCGGGAGGCCAUGCGGCCUGAGAACCACGCGCGGUUCGACAUUAACAAGCAGCCCCUGUCGAGCAACAUGAUAGCUCUGGUCUGCUCCGCGAUCAUCGUUGCGCUGGACGAGGCUGUCAAGGUGAACAUCACCGUCAGCUUCGACGAGAAGACGUACGCCACCGAGCAUGAUCGUCUGAAGGUCAGCAUCGACAACCUGCGGCGCUGUGCGGACCUGAGUGACCUGUCGAAGUACGACGAGGGCUGUGCUCGGUUCUGCAAGUCGAUGGAUGAGACGUUGGCGAGCACCAUACGGAGGCUUGCAGGGAUCUCGAGCACGAGCGUAGACGACGACGACGAGGCAGCUGAGCCUAGUACCGUCACCCGUGGCAUUCCUACGGCUGCAAUCUCGCGCAUCUCCAAGCUGUGGGCGCCGAAGAACACUGGCACGAAGGCUAGUGACGAGCCAGCGGUGGCAGCCUCGGCAAGCGGGUCAGGCCAGGCUAAAGAGCGUGAAGGGGAUGCAGAGGUGUAG